GUACAGUGGGAGGGGCGGAGCUUGUGACGUACGAAGGACAUGGAGCAGCGCUGUCAGGUAUUGAACCUUUUCAGGACUUUACACCGAACAAGAAAGCUAAUUUUCAGAGAAGAUGAUAAAGCCCUAGAAGCUGCAAAGCAGAAGAUUAACUCUGAAUUCAGGAAGAACCUUGCUGAGUCUUCUCCGGAGAAAAUAACCCAGUUACUUAAAUUAGGCUCAGAUGUAGAAGUUGUACUCAGAACAUCAGUAAUCCAAGGAGUUCACAUAGACCAUAACAAAAUUUUACUUCGACCCACAAAAGAAGUGCUUCAGGAUAACGCACCUUUCCACGACACUCCAAGAAAAGAUACCUAAUACAGGCAACUCUUCAAUCAUGGACUGAUUGUAGUAUUUUAUAAUUGAUGCCAUUACCCCACUGAAGGAAACUGAACUGUUUUAUCAGUUGUUGGAAAUCGUUGUAAAACACUACAUUGUACUUAUAUUUUAAAAUACUGGAAUGUGUUUGUGUACAUCCUUAAGUACAGCCUUGAUUGAUAAUGUGUGAAGUUAUAUUGGAUUUUUAGAGAAACUAAAUUCAAGAUCCAGAGAGACAUAGAAUAUUAAUAAUAAUUCUUGCAUUUUAUUCAACGCCUUUCGUGUUGGGAGGUUGUGUCAAAGCUCUUCACAGAAUUUACUGAAAACUGCAUUUUAUUGGCAAAUACAAACUUUAUACAGUAUUGUUUUGCAGUGGCAAUGAAUUUGCAAAGCAGUUGCACUGAUUAAAUAUCAGUGUGACAUUUGAUAUGGAUAUUUUGGCUUUAUACUAAAGUUGGGCCUACUAAGGUUGUCUCAAGAAUUUCUUCCUUUCCCUUACUCCUCUUCAUUCAUUUGAGAUGCUGGGUCUGCAGUCAAUGUUGAAAUGAAUAGAAGAUUUCCAGUAACUUGGUUGGUUCAUCAUUAGGCUUGUGACCAGAUCUUUCUGGGUUCAAAUAUGAGAAGGUCUAUUCAUCCUAUCACAGUUAAAAAAAAAAGGAACUAAAAAAUACAACUAAACUAAAAGCUUAAUUCAAAUAGAAAUUUACAUUUAUGUACCAUCUUUCACAUCAGGAGGACAUCCCAAAGCGCUGGACAGUAAUGGCUUGGCACCUGAGCUGGGGGUGGGAGCUGAGGUAGGUGGGGAGGGGAAAGAUGACCAAAAGCGCAGUUAAAGAUGUACGUCUUGAAAUCGAAUGAGAGGAGAAUAAAGAUAAGUGGAAUUUUCCUAUCUCCAAGGAGUUGAAUCCUGGAAAUGUAGACACGUCUUCAAUCUUGUAAGACAAAGCUCUAAUGAGUAGUAAGGUGCUAACUGGACUGUUACCCAUUUACCUAUUUAAUGAACAGGUUAUGUUGAUCUAAGGUGAGACCAGUCUUCAUUAUUUUUCAUCUCCUAAGGAACUAUUUACUGAUGUUCUGGCAAAUCUGGAAAGAGACCAUUUUCCAGCCGAUGUUCAGUGAAGAAGACAGGGCAGUCUGUUCUGUGAAGCUCUCCAAUCUAGAUACACUUUCACCCAAAAUGCCCCUCGAUAUUGGAGUGGGGGAAAGAAAACCCUCUGAGGGAGCUUUAUAACGUAAGAAUGUAAGAAAUAUCCCAUUAACCCCUUUAUACAAGUAUAAUUUGUUGUUGUUUAUUGCUGGUGUUGAGUUAAUGUGCAAGGGUAUUACAUUUCAGAUAACGCAUUGUUAGUAACAUCUAAUCCACUUGUAUAAUUUUAGUUUGUGGUUUCUUGCCUUUCAUGAAGAUUUUGAUACAUGUUAUGCCUCUGUUUUAAAUUUGUUUAAAUAAAUUAAUUGGAUGGGGAAAAAAUAAAAUCCAUAGUUUUGUGGUGCCAUUCACCAAU